AUGAAAAACUAUGCUCUCAACUCUUUCAGAUUCAUCAAUGCACCGUGGAGUGCGGCUGAUGGUGUGAAGAAAUACGGUAUGCAACAUUUCAAUUUGCUCAAAGUGCUCGGAAAAGGAAGUUUCGGAAAGGUUUUGCUGGUUGAGUUGAAAGGUAAAGGUGAAUAUUAUGCGAUGAAAUGUCUGAAGAAGGAUGUGAUAUUGGAAGAUGAUGACACUGAAUGUACAUUUAUCGAGAGACGAGUGCUGAUAUUGUCUUCACAAUGCCCAUUUCUAUGCCAAUUGUUUUGUUCGUUUCAGACCACUGAGUAUUUAUUCUUCGUAAUGGAGUAUUUGAACGGUGGCGACUUAAUGCAUCAUAUUCAAACUGUUAAGAAAUUUGAUGAGAAUCGAACACGAUUUUAUGCUUGUGAAAUCAUUGUCGCGUUGCAGUUUCUGCAUUCUCGAGAUAUUAUUUAUCGGGAUUUGAAACUGGAUAACAUUCUGUUGGAUACUGAAGGUCAUAUUCACCUGGCCGAUUUUGGUAUGUGCAAAACGGAAAUGAAUCGUGAAAACGGUAUGGCUUCUACAUUCUGCGGAACUCCUGACUAUAUCGCUCCUGAGAUCAUUAAAGGUCAACUCUAUAACGAAGCGGUUGAUUUUUGGUCAUUCGGUGUUUUGGUGAGUCAGUUACGCUUUUCAUGCUCACAUCUCAAUUCAUGUAUUCACUGUAAUCCACAAAUCAGAUGA